AAGGAUAUAAAAGGCUUUGAUUUUGUCCUUCACUGCACCAGUGGCAGCUUCUCUCUGAGCAACCCUCACUCAAAUAAAAAAGAUUUCAAGAUGACCAUGCUACUCGCCUACUGGGAUGUCCGUGGGUUUGCUGGACACAUCCGCCUAAUGCUGGAGUACACCAAGUCCAACUACCAGGAGAAACUUUAUGCCGUCGGUGACGCCCCUGACUUUGACAAAAGUAGCUGGCUUAAUGAAAAAUUUAAGCUUGGGCUAGACUUCCCCAAUCUGCCCUACCUGAUUGAUGGAGACAAGAAGGUGACACAGAGCAUGGCAAUCCUGAGAUACAUUGCACGAAAGAAUAACUUGUGUGGAGAGACUGAGGAGCAGAAAAUCCGAGUGGACAUGUUGGAGCAGCAGUGCCUUGAUCUUAGAGCCAGCUUUGUCAGGAUGUGCUACGUUGACCUUAAAGGUCUAAAGCCAGAUUACCUGAAGGCACUGCCAGAUGCACUGAAGCUGUUCUCUGACUUCCUGGGACAGAGGAAGUGGUUUGCUGGUGACAAGCUGACAUAUGCAGACUUCAUCAUGUACGAAAUGCUGGACAUGCAAAGGAUGUUUCACCCUCCUUGCUUGGACAACUUCAAGAAUCUCAAAGCCUUCUUGGACCGUUUCGAGGCUCUGGACAGGAUUUCUGCAUAUUUGAAGUCAGAUAAAUACAUCAAGGAACCUAUCAACAACCGUAUGGCUCAAUGGUCUUUCGAGAAAAAGAAGAAAAACUGAAAAUCCACAGCUUUAUUCCAGGAAGUGAUGAUGUAUGAUUUUAAAAGUUAAUAAGUAAAGCUGGAUUUAAUACUCAGAAAAAGUCUUUCCGAUCAUUCUCACCAACAAAUGGACUAACAUAUUUACUACAAGAAUGCUUUAUUGUGUUUGCCAAAAACUAUUUUUAC